CACUUCAGUGUUUGCAAAUAUUGUGAGCACUGUGCAAGGUCCUCUGAUCCAGGAGGAGUUAGUCGCCUUGUUUUUCCUUUUAAUUGCUAUGCAAUGACAUUUGCAUGAAACCAGGACUUUUAUCCAAGAAGGAUUUAUGAUUUUUUUCCACUAUUUUGGGGAUUAUAUUUUAUUACAAAUUAUUAUAGCUUUAUGCUAGCAUUUAUAUUUUUGUAGAAAUAUAUAUAUUUAGUAAUUUACUAAAAAAUGGAUGUACUACCAAUGUGCAGCAUUUUCCAGGAGCUACAGAUUGUGCAUGAUACUGGUUAUUUCUCUGCUUUACCAUCCCUGGAGGAAUAUUGGCAACAGACAUGUCUGGAGCUUGAACGUUAUCUGCAAAGUGAGCCUUGUUAUGUGUCUGCAUCAGAAUUUAAAUUCGAUAGAGAAGAGGAACUGUGGACCAAACUUAUUCUGGCAUGUGAGAAAAAAGAGGAUCCCAAACCUAGUUGUAUUAAAUCUGAGGAUAUCAGUGAUCACCAGAAUCUAGAGACAAACAGCUUGAACUCUGAUAUAAGCAGUGAAUCGUCUGAUAGUUCUGAGGAACUUUCACCAACUUCAAAUUUCACCUCUGAUCCCAUAAGUGAUGUAUUGGGUACCUCUGGAAACUUUAGUUCUUCAGUCAUUUCCACCCCACCAUCGUCUCCAGAGCAGAGCAAAGAGCUUUCCUCACAUAUAUGGAGUGGUAUAACUGGCGAACUGCAUUCACCAACAAAAAUAUGCUCUGCUUCUCUUGGAAAGACUCUUGAGCAUGGUAGUCCAACAAAUGGAGAAAUCUCACCAGAUGGCAGGAAACGUGUCCAUAAAUGUCAAUUCAAUGGUUGCAAGAAGGUUUACACAAAGAGUUCCCACCUGAAAGCACAUCAGCGUACUCAUACAGGAGAAAAGCCUUACAGAUGUUCGUGGGAAGGGUGUGAAUGGCGUUUUGCAAGAAGUGAUGAGUUAACCAGACACUUCAGAAAACACACCGGUGCCAAGCCUUUUAAGUGCCAGCACUGUGACAGGUGUUUUUCAAGAUCAGACCAUCUGGCUCUUCACAUGAAGAGACACCUAUGAAGUGGAAGAGUUGGUGAAGAAGCAACUUAAGGUUGAACUGCCUUGUGCGAGGGAUGCGUGUUCCAGCCAAAGCAUGCCAAUUUGCACCCCAGCCAGUUGCCUUCAAGGCCUUAUUUUGAGGGUCUUCGUAGGGCUAAUCAAUCGUGUGAGAUGCGGCAUAGCGACCGUAUUGUGCCACGACUGAGGUUUCCCAACUGAUGCACUAAUGGUGCCUAACCUUCUGCGUGGCUUGUCUAAGCCUUUGCCGUGAGCAUGUGCACUGAGAAUGUUUAUGAUUGGUUGGGUGACUGAAUGUAAAUGAGGAGUCAGUGUCUGUAUGUGUAAGAUUAUUUUUCUCUUGGUUGAGUUCAGUUGUAAAGGUUAAGAGAGAAAAAAUGGUUUGAAUGUUUGUAUGCGUAUGCAUACUGUCAUAUAUGGAACAAACAUCAACAACUUCUUGGGUCUACGUGUGCUGGAGAAAAAUAAGUGACCCUAAAUAGGAGAUGUUCCCUUUCCUGAGUGAGAGGAGCUUUUGUUGUCUGGUGCAGCUAUUAAACGUGCAAUGUGUCAAGUAGCCUGUUUUACAUGCUACAAAGAUCAUUUGUAAUCCAUUGUAUAAGCUGUGUAUCUACAAAUAUAACACAACUAUAACUUUUCAUUAUAAUAGAAAGAUAUUGCAUGGUUCAGGGGAACUGUACGCUUUUCCAUUCUUUAAUCAGGACUGCCGUUUUGAUUCCAGUUGAGAGCAGCUAAGAUACAAUAGGUCUGGUGUUACAUUAUUAUGUAUGGAACCUAAAAAAAAAGGUGGGCAAAACCACUAUGGCUUAAACUGAUUUUUCUCAUGCAGCUAAUUUUCUAUUAUUUAUGCCUUGAGGACUAAUUUCUGGUUUUCUAGCUGUUAAUGCACUGUUGACCUUAAUAAUGGUGCCUUAUGCAAGUGACCUCCCUUUAGAGGAGCUGAUACAGGGGUUUGAGUAAUGUAAAGCUUACUUAAGGCUCUGUUGUCACCUGAAAGUGUACCUUUUCUGAAGAAAUGCUUUAUUUUAAAUUGCACAUUCAGUGAAAUAGAUUUUAAUUUUUAUUUUAGGUAAAGAGAAAUUUAAACUUUCAUGAUACAGAUAGAGCAUGCAAUUUUAAACAACUUUCCAAUUUACCACUGUUCUAGUUAGCUUUUUUCUCGUGAUGAGAAAAUCUAGGUAAGCUUAUAGGACCUCAGAAGUAUGCAUGUAUUUAGUACUUUUUGGCUGCAGUGUUUACAACUAUGUAUAAUAUUGCUGCAAACGGUGUUUAACAUCUGCACACUCCUGGGGUCUUAUGAACCUACAUAGAUUUACUGUUUAGUAAGUAUGUCAAGAGAACAAAACAAAUUUGAUCAUACAAGUAAAUUGGAAUGAUGUUAAAUUUGCAUGCUCUGUCUAGACCAAUAAAUCUUUAAUCUUUACUGUUUCUUUAAGCCAACUUGUUGCCCAUUUUUGUGUUUUGGAAAUUGAGUAUUUUUCAAAUGCCUGAGACACUCUAGCCUAUUGCCAUCUAGCUUUAAUAGUAAAUGCAUAUUGGAUGAAAUGGCUACUUUGGGAUAGUUUCAAGUAGCUGUUAAAAGAACUCUGGAAUGUGUUAAGAUCACAGAUGUGCGUUCAUUGAUUAGAGAUUGGAGUGAAUAAAGCUACCUUGAAAAUCCCAGUAGAGACCAACUCAAUCUAACUCCAAUGUAGUGUUUUUGUUUCCCCCCACACUGUCCAAUCAUUAUACUUUUAUUAUAUGCACUUAAUAUGUAAAAUGCUUAUAUACGUCUUGAGGUACCCAGAACAAUAACAAAACAAAAAAAAAAUUGUAAAAGAGAAAAGUAUAUUUCUAUAUUAGAUCAAGUAGCCGUCUACCAUAUUUGCUUAUAUCAAAUAAGUAUAAAAUAAUUGGCUAAUUAUGUGCACUCUGUAGUGUAUUAAAAAGACUUGUGGAGUUUUGUUUUGGGUUUUUAGGCUUUUAAGGGCCUUUAAAAGUUUUAGGUCACUGAAUGUUAAGAGAUGUAUAAAGAGGUAAAAUAUAUUUUUAUAACAUUUUAUUUAAUUUUUGUUUUCCUUGUAGUUUUGUAAAUAAAAAAAAAAAAGUACCAUUUGAAUUUUACCUAUGUUUAAAAAUAAAUAUAUAUAUAUAUAUAUAUAUAUAGAGAGAGAGAUAUUGCACAUUUUUUGCAAUGAACAGCAUACAUCAAAAUAAUUGCAAUCAUUUGAUUUGACUGAAAGUCAGCAAUGUGGCCAUUAAUGCUAUAGCCAAAGUCUGCUUUCCAAAUCACAUCAUUUUUACCAGUUUUGUUAAAUAUUAUUGGGGUGUACUAGGGUGAACUCGCUUCAAACCUGCAGUUUGACUUUUUUUAUUAUUAUUAUUAUUAAUAAAUAAAAAUAAAAGCUUUCUAUAGAAGUAAAUAAUCACAUUCACACUCUGGUUUUGAGAUAAAACUAGUUAUGCAAGCUCCUCUGCAUUCUGAGUUCAAAUACCUAUGUGAACAAAGCUGAUACUCAACAUUGCAUAAAGCCGAAGAAUAAUUUUGUAAUCUUUCCAAACUUCUGUUUGAUGUGUUCUGAGUUUAGCCAUAAAAAAAAUACAGGGACAAAAACACAACUUGCACUGUCUUGUUGAGCUUGUGAAAUACCAUCAACAUUCUUUGCAAGGGGUGCGGCUGUUUGAAUGCCUCCUAAUUUUCUCAUUGAAAGAUUACACUCAAUUCAGGUGAUGACUGGGCCUCAGUCAAGCUGAUGAAAUACAUUUGCUUGAAAAAAAAAAAAAGUAAAUAUGUUUCUAUUGGUGAAAUUUUCUUUUUUAUUUGACCUUAAACACCCUGUUAUUUGAAGAAUCUUUGUAAGAUUUUUGUAAAUUUUAUUUUGUUUGUUUUACAAGAUUUUAUUUGAAUUUUUUUUUUUUUUUUUUGCAAGAUUGUUAUAUUUCUGUAUGAAUGUAUUUUUUAUUGGAAUAACAUAAAAAAGAAUUCCUAUCUUA